UUUUAUUUUGCGUCGUUUUUGGUGCACACAGCGCUUUCGUAUUUUUGUUUUCCUCGUGUUGUUUUUUAAUUGUCCUUGAUAAAUGUAACGCUGCCACUUAUUUCCACACAUUCAGUACGUUGGCUUAUUAAUUUAGAGCACUAGCCUACUACUCCUGCUACUGCUGCACACGCGCAUAGAUACCUUCAAGUAUUUCUCAAGGAUUUCUAGGACAACAACAACGAAGACUAACAGAGCUGCCCCAAAAUGUCUGUGGCAGGCUUCAGACAGAGCCUCUUGCUCUGGAGUGUUGACUACUGGAAUCUGGAAGCUGUUAUGGCGGACAAUGUGUUCAAGUCGCACGAUAUUGGGUUACGCGCUCAAAAGAAAAUACUCUCACGCAUGGCAACAAAAAAUAUAGCGAAGACCUUUAUUGACGGCACAACGGCUUCAUUGUUGGAUAAUCUCUAUAAGCUUUGCAAGCUGCAUACAGGCAAUAAAGCGCGCGCCGAGAAGCUUGUUAAAAACAUAAUCAAAAUAGUUAUUAAAAUUGGUGUUCUGCAUCGAAAUAAUCAAUUUAAUCAGGAGGAGCUGCAAAAUGCCGAGAACUUUAAGCGAAAAUUUCAAAACACACAACUGUCUAUUAUAUCGUUCUAUGAGGUGGACUUCACCUUCGAUUUGGCAUACUUACAAAAGUCGAUAAAGGAGUCGCAAGUGGCGCUUAAGUCCAUAGUUCAGUUACAUUUAACAGACAAAUCCAUUGGCCGCAUUGAUGAGGUAUUUGAUUUCUUCGCCGACGCGGCUCUAUUGGAACUGGCAUUCAAAACGGAUUCACCAUAUCGUGAGGUAAUGGGCAAAAUUGUAGCAGAUAUUAACACAGCCAUGGAAACGGGUGAUAUUUGAGUUGGAUGUGCAGAAGUCGGGCUGCAUUUGCUUUAGAAAGAAGGGGCUAUUAUCAGACCAAAAAGAAAAGGAAACAACAACCAGAUACUAAUAGUUAAUUUAAAAGAGCCUUCUAAGUCCACCAAAUAGCAAGUAAAACACACAAGAAAAAAAAGACAAACACGCAUCGAAAAGCAAA